GGCCAUAUUUCUGGUUCCCUCCUCCUUCACCCCUCUCAUUUUACUCUUAUCACGCUUCCCAGAAUGUUUGCCUGCUGGGAGAAUCUUUUUGACAACUUCCCAUGUGUUGUCAGAUAGCUCCAUAGCAUUCAGUUUCUGGGAAACAUCCAGAAGCAUGCAGUGACAUUGCAUAAUCCUCCUCUAAAGCCAGAGAUAGUGGCGGUGGCACUCAGAGGAGCCUUCUCACAGCGCUGUCAUGAAAGGAACAGGAGUCACGGAAGGUGCCCCCAAGACACUCCUGGCCAGGGCACUUUAUGACAACUGCCCUGACUGCUCUGACGAGCUGGCUUUCUGCAGAGGGGACAUCCUGACCAUUCUGGAGCAAAAUGUGCCAGCAAGUGAAGGCUGGUGGAAAUGUUUGCUCCACGGGAAGCAAGGCCUGGCCCCUGCCAACCGUCUCCAAAUCCUCACAGAGGUUGCCACAGACAGGCCCUGCCCUGCGUUCCUGCGAGGCCUGGGAGAAGCUCUUGCCCACUCAGAGGAGAUCUACCAGGUGCCCACUCUGCUCCACCCUCCUCCACUAGGCCCCGUCUACGAGCAGAUGAAGAGUUGGGUAGAGGGACACACUACCCCCGUCGCCCAAGUCUACGAAUUCCCCGACCCUCCCACCAGUGCCAGAAUCAUCUGUGAGAAGACUCUAAGCUUUCCAAAGCAGGACCUCUUCAUGCUCCCCAGACCUGCGCAGGCCUCGCUGCCAACUCUGCCUCCCCAAGUGUAUGAUGUGCCUACCCAGAGCCGGGUCCCCUCAGCCCUCAAGGAGUCAGAGAAGCAGCAGCUAUACGACAUACCGGCCAGCCCCCGAAAGGCAGCCCUCUGUCCCCCAGACAGCCAAGCAAGUGGUGCUCUGACACCAACGACCGCCUUAAAAAGGAAAGGCUACCACACAUUACCAAAUCCUCAGAAGCCAGACUGGAUUUAUGACACUCCAGUGUCUCUGGGAAAGACCAGUGUCAGAAAUACAACUCCAAUCAGCUCUGCAGAAGAAUUGGGGCCCCACGCUCCUAGUUCUGCCUCCACUUUCUACAGUCCUCCAGGAAGCAGAGUCAGGUCCCUCACUCCACAGCUGAAUGUGCCCGUGCAGAAAAAACUCAGUCUUCCAGAACUCCAUUCUUACGGCUCUCCAGCACCCAAGGACUCAUUCCCUUUGGAGGAAGGUGUCAGGUACAAGGUUCCAUCCAGCUUUCUGAUUCCCCGGGUGGAACAGCAGAACACGAAGCCCAAUAUUUAUGACAGCCCUAAAGCGAUGAUGAGUAUCCCUCGUGCUGGGAAGGAGCUGGGAAAAGCCGAUGAGGCUGCAGAGAAUUCCAUGGGCCCAAAUGCCCCAUGGUUCUGCAGACCCACAGCCUCCCUGUCACCUGACAGAUUAUCCACCACCAGUCCCAACAGAGCUAGUGUGGUGUCUUCCUGCUCCACCAUGUCCACUGACUCCUCCUCCAGCUCUUCCUCGGAAGACUCAGCAAAGGAGCUCUCCCUGGACCUGGACUUGGCCAAGGGGACAGUGAGGGCUCUGCAGCACAAGGUGGUCAGCUCUGCAGCGGGUCUGCUGCUCUUCGUAAGCAGGAAGUGGAGGCUCCGGGACCAUCUGGAGGCCAAUCUGGAUGCCAUCCGCAGGGCUGCUGAUCACAUAGAAGAGUCUGUAAGAGAAUUUCUGGAGUUUGCCCACAGAGUCUGUGGGACUGCCUGGAAGCUCACCGACAGCAACUUUCAAGCCCGAAUCAGGGAUCAGCUACAGACAAUCUCCAACUCCUACCAGAUCCUGCUAGAAGCAAAGGAAAGCCUGGAUGGCUGCGACUGGUCCCUGGAAGUCCUUGUGACUGACAACGUCCAAACCAGCCCGGAUGACCUUGAGAGGUUUGUCAUGGUGGCACGGACCAUUCCAGAAGACAUCAAGAAGUUUACCUCUAUUGUUAUUGCCAAUGGGAGGCUCCUUUUUAAACAGAACUGUGAAAAGGAAGAGACAGUGCAACUGACCCCAAAUGCAGAAUUUAGGUGUGCAAAAAGCAUCCAGCCUCCCCAAAGAGAAAUCGAAUCACACCAAAGGAAGACUCCUUUUACUAAGCAGAGGGAAAAUGAACACUCCCCUGACCUGUUAAAGAAGUACGGGACAAAUACCUGUGAACAGAGUUUUCCUAGCCUAGAAGAGAAAGAAAAACUCAUCUUGGAACAAAGGUUGGAUAAAAACCAAGACCCUGGAACAACGAAUCCUCUCUCUCUAACACCCCAACCUUUGAGUCAGCAGACUCCCCAGAAGAAAAUCCACCUUUCUGAACACUGCCGACUCUAUUUCGGGGCGCUCUUCAAGGCAAUCAGCGUCUUCAGCAGCAGCCUCGGCAACAGCCAGUCCCUGGAGACCUUCAUCACGCAGAGCAAGCUGGUCAUCAUGGUGGGGCAGAAGCUGGUGGACACACUGUGCAAGGAGACGCAGGAGCGGGACGUGCGGAACGAGGUGCUCUGCAGCAGCAGCCACCUGUGCGGCCUGCUCAGGGACCUGGCACUGGCCACCAAGACAGCGGUGCUCACCUACCCGAACCCUGCCGCCCUAGGGCGCCUCCAGGCCCAGGCUGAGAGGCUGGAGCAGCACACACGGCAAUUCAGAGGGACGUUGGAAUGAGGACUCUGCCUGUGACUUUCUCUGCUAACCUCUGAGUUUCACAUCCACGACCUGCAAGGCAGGGGCAUAGGAUGGCCUGAAACAGACAUGCCACCUACAGCUGGUGUUAUCAAGGGGCUAAGCAACCCCAGGACAUUGGCUUACCCCACAGCAGGCCAGGAAAGAGAGUCAGACAUUCCAUAAGGACCAUGUUACGUUUCGCAUAUUAGGAAGAGUAUGCAGGGUCAGUGUUUGAAGUGAUGCCAUAGAAAUAAUUUCUUAUAUUAAUUAAAACACAUACUGCAUAUUUUAAAUGCAUUCAUUCAACAUUUAUUUAUUGGGCACCUACUAUAUGUCAAGCUCUAGGUACUGGAGACAUAGUGGUCCUGCCCUCACGGAGCUUGCCGUAUAAAAUGAUGAAGAAAUACACGUACAAUCUAUCAGGUGCUAGAAGGAAAACAAAGGAGGGGAAGGGGAAGACAGCUUAUUUUCAAAUGAUUGCGAUUUGUCACAUCUGUUGGAAAACUUCAGCAGAAGAUCAGGUGUCCUAGACACAUCUCACAUCUCACAAAUACCUUCACUGACUGGAGACAGCAUCUCUGGGCUCUAAGUCCCCUGAAAUGGUAUCAAGUUCAACUCCUAUCUCCCACUUUUUAUUUGGCUAGCACCUUUAAAAUGUUGACUGCUAGAAGGUUGAUUAUUUUUUUGAGUUAGUCUCAGGAUCCUUAAAAUAAGGAUCCCAUCUUUGUAAGUUUUCUUAUUUUUGAUUGAGUUAAUUUUGUGACAUUGGUAUAAAUUAUAUAUCUGUAUCUUGCACCAAAAAAUAUAUAUUUUUGCUAUGUUACCUUAACUUAGUUAAAAUACAUGUUAUACUUCCAAUGUGACAUGUUCUGUUGGGUUCCCUAUUAAUUUAUUUUGUACAUUAUUCAGGGAUGUCCAACCUCUUUUUUCCCCGCUGCACAUCGAAAGAGGAGUUGUCCUGGGCCACACGUUAAAUAUAUGAACACUAACAAAAACUGAUGAGCAAAAAAUUAGGUCUGCGUGUAAUUUUCAUGAUAUCCAAUGCCACAGAUAAGCAAAACAGGUCUCAAAUAAUCCACAUGCAACCCACAGGCCACAGGUUGGACACCCCUGUUAGAGUCUGUAUUGAUAAAUCCUACUGCUCAA